UUCCCAAUUAUUACACACACACAUGAUAGUUUUUUUUAUUGUUUUGAUUUUUUAAUUUUGGAAAAUUUUUUGACCCAACAAAAUGUCUAAACUUGAAAAGGUUAUGAUUCUUGGCUGUGGUUCAUAUAAUCCAUUGACAUUUAUGCAUCUUAGAAUGUUUGAACUUGCUAGAGAUUUUUUAAUUAAAAAAGGUACCUAUGAAAUUGUCGGCGGAAUAAUCUCACCGGUUAAUGAUCGAUAUGAAACGAAAAAAUAUCUGGCACCAGCCAAACAUCGUAUCGAAAUGAUACGAUUAGCAUUAAUGAAAACAUUAUUCGGUCGAACCAGUUGGUUACGUUUAGAUGAAUGGGAAUGUCGACAGGAUCAUUGGUGUCGAACAUUAGAUGUUAUCCGACAUCAUCAUCAAAUGUUGAAUAAAGAUAAUAAUGAAACGAUUCGAUUAAUGUUAAUUUGUGGUUCAGAUAUGUUUGAUUCGUUUAAUGUACCAAAUCUUUGGCAUGAUAAUGAUAUCGAAACAAUCAUUCAAGAUUAUGGACUUUUAGUCAUUGUACGCGAUAGUUCUGAUCCAUGGAAAACAUUACGUAAUUCAUCAAAAUCACAUCUAUUACUCAAAUAUGAAUCAAAUAUCCAUAUCAUUGAGCAGAAAGUACCGAAUGCUGUUAGUUCGUCUUAUAUCCGUGAUGCAAUUGCCAAAAAUGAAAGUAUUCGUUAUCUAACCGAUGAUUCUAUCAUUGAAUACAUUGAAGAUCAUAAACUUUAUCGGUGAUCGGUGAUUCUAUGACGCGAAAAUCGAAUAGAUUCACUCAAAUUAAUUUUAAUUGGAUUGGAAUAUAUGAUUCAUCUAUUUCCACACUUGCAUGAUGUCGAAACAGACCUAUUGUUGUUUUG